GAGAGGAUGGAGAGCGGGAUGGGGAGCGGGGAUGAGGAUAGGAUUGGGAGAGGGCGUGGAAGCUCAGCUGAGCGUCCUUUGGCCCAGGGCAAGCUUUGGCAAUGAUCCCAGAGCUCUUCCCAGAAUGCGAAAUGCUUCCGACAAGCACCCAGCGGCUUCAUCUGCACUGCCAGCACUGCCGGCAUUCCAGUACCACCAGCGUCCCUCUGCUGCUGGAGGGACGAUGACCCCACAGGGAAGGGAAAUGACGAAUGGUAGAAGUCCUUUGGGAGAGGGGAGGCGGCUGGAGAAUGGGACAUUCUGCAGGGAAGGAGUGUUUCUCAUCAGGAGGAAAUGAUGAGCCAAUUGCAAAACUCUGUGGAGUGUCUGGCAAAAGCCACUUCCUUAUUGGACAAAAACCCAAAAAAAUCAUGAUAAAUGACUCUGUAGGAGUGGAGCUCUGACGUAGCCAAAGGUGCAAUUUCCGACUCCCCUGUGAGUCCACCGAGCCUUGGGAAGCAACACCAGGACAGGGCAAAGAGAGGAGCCAGCAGGACGGGAGUGGGGAGCUCCUGGUGAUCUGGGCACUUUCUCCUUCAUGUCACUGACCUGGGAGGAUCUGCGUUAGGAAAUGGAUCCCAAAGGAGCAAGAGGUACCAGGAAGCGCCGCUGAUCUGCACAGCCCCCUUUGCCUGUUGCUGCCCCACAGGGAACAGGGAGCUGCUGAAGAAGCUGUGUGGUCCAUCCCUGGAUUCUCCAAGCACUGGCUCCCCAUCCCCUCUGACCACAGCCAGGGGCCACAUCCCACCGCCUGCCCAGCGUCCAUCCAUGGAGGUGAGCACCGUGUCCCCACCUGCCAUCUCACCCACAGAAGGAGACGAUCUCUGUGAGAUAGAUGUCACCAGCGUGGCCAUAGACAGUGUGACACUGCUCAUCUGCCUCUGUGGGCUGGCUGGGAAUGGGGCUGUCCUCUGCCUUCUUCAAAGGAACCCCGCCACCUUUUACAUCACCAACCUGGCUUUCGCCAACUUCUCCUUCCUCCACUUCACGGUCCCCUCCACCCUGCUCUACCUGCUGGAGGAAUUGUCCUGCUCCACAGUCGUUCCCCUGGUGUUCCUGAAGGCACUUUUCCCACUCCUGCUGUUCUCCUAUAACCUGGGGCUGUACCUGCUGACGUUCAUCAGCAUCGACCAGUGCACAUCCAUCCUCUGCCCACUCUGGUACCGCUGCCGCUGUCCCCAGCGCCUGCCAUGGGUGAUGUGUGCCCUGCUCUGGGCCCUCUCCAUUGCUGUCAUUGUCACAGUGACUUCCCUGUGCCAGUCACAGAAGCAUGAGCACUGCCAGGUGUCUCUCAUCACCAUGUAUGCCCUCAACCUAUUCCUCUUUGCCCCAGCCAUGGUCGUUUCCAGCACAGUCCUCCUCAUUAAGGUCAAGUGUGGCUCCCAGCAGCAGCAACCCAAGAGACUCAACAUUGUUAUUUUCCUUGUUGUGCUCUUCUUCCUCCUCUUUGCUCUCCCCCUCAGCCUCUGCAAUUUCCUGCAGCAGCUCGGUUACAUCACUGUGUCCUCCCAGGUUGUUUUCCUGCUUGCCUGCAUCCACAGCACCAUCAACCCUUUCAUCUACUUCUUGGCAGGGAGGUGCUGGAGGCCCUGCUCUAUGGGGUCCCUCCGACUCUCCCUCCAGAGGGUGUUUGAGGAUCCAGAAGAAAACACUGCCCACAGUGAUGAUCCUGCCAUGGAUACAGCCUUCCCAGCCUGUUGAUCCCUUCCACUGCUCUGCUGAAGGACCUCAGUGCAGAGGCUGAUGGUUUCCUUGAGUCACCUGAUUAAUAAAUACUCACAGUAUCACCUUCCCUGUGGCGCUGUAUUCCUGCAGGAGAAGGGAGCAGAGGCAGUGCCAAGGGCCAUGUGUGAGGGGUGCUCUGCAGGGAGCACAUUCCUCCUCCCUCACGGGUCCUAGAGCACUGUUCCCCGAACGGAUCCUUCCCAACACAGCUGUGACCUGGAAACUCCCCCUGGCACCUGGUUCCUGCAUCCCACUGAGGUCUGAUAUCAAUAAACAGCACUGUGAACCCUGAGCUGCUUCGCCCUCUCUGCCAGGGCUUCCCGGCUUCCUCUGGCUCCUGCUGCCAGCCGGGAAUGUGGCCGGAAGGAAAGGACACACCCAUGGCUUGUGCUCCCUGGAGCAACCAUGAUCGCCAGUGCCCAGAGCUGGGCUGGCACCGGCACAGCUCGCCAGGACACCAUGGCCAUGGGGCUCAACAUUCC